AUGGCAUCGCCCGCAGAGAAAGCACAGUUGCUGACUCCAGCGGCCGUCCAGGCCGCAUAUGGCCUGAUCCAGCCAUACGUGCACCGGACCCCACUGCUGACUUGCAAAACCCUCGACGCCAUUGCGUCAACCCCGCAGACACCAGAGGCUCUCGUAGGGACCUCAUUCGAGGGCCAGACACCUGCGCGCCCCAAGUUCCACUUUUUCUUCAAGUGUGAGAAUCUGCAGCGAAUUGGCGCCUUCAAGGCUCGAGGUGCAUUCCAUGCAUUGCUGCGGUUGAUCGAGGAUCGCGGGGAGGAGGAGGUGAAACGGCGCGGGGUCAUCACACACAGCUCUGGUAAUCAUGCACAAGCCCUCGCCCUCGCCGCCUCGACUCUGAAUGUCCCGGCCUAUAUUGUGAUGCCGCGCAUCAGCACCCCGUCCAAGAUCGCCGGUACACGCUCCCAUGGCGCAGAAGUGAUUUUCAGUGGCUCAACAAGUGUCGAGCGAGAGGCAGUAGUUGCCGAGAUUCAGGCUCAGACGGAUGCUAUUCUAGUGCCUCCAUACGAUGACUUCAAUAUCAUCUGCGGGCAGGGAACCACGGCACUGGAGCUGGAGGCACAGUACGCUGAGCAAUUUGGCACCAAAACGCUGGAUGCAGUCAUCACUCCCGUUGGGGGAGGCGGGCUCAACGCUGGCGUGGCGACUUACUUCUCAGAUAAGCCGCAGACCAAGGUGUUUGGUGCGGAGCCCAGUUUCGAGGGCGCGGAUGACUGCCGUCGGGGGCUGCUAGCUGGGAAGCGUGUGGAAGCAGUUUCAACGCUGACCAUUGGAGAUGGGUUACGCACGCCCGUGGGAUUGUUGAAUUGGGAGAUCAUCUCGAACAAGAAGAAGGUCGAGGGGGUGUUCGCCGUCACCGAAGAGCAGAUCAAGGCCGCAAUGCGUCUAGUUCUGGAACGCAUGAAGGUGUUUGUUGAGCCAAGCGCGGUUGUCGGUCUGGCCGUGUGUCUUUUCGAUGAAGAGUUCCGGCGGCUUGUAGAACAAGAGGGUGGCGCGAAGGGCUGGGACGUGGCCGUGGUGUUCAGCGGAGGUAACACUACCGUGGAGGCAAUUGGCAAGUUGUUCGGCUGA